ACGUCACGUAUUUUAAGGAAGUAACACUGAUGUCGCAGGCUUGGAGAGUCCGCGAGUCAGAUGAUUUUGUACAUAAUGUUCACGGACUUUGCGAACACUCAAACAUAAAUGGUGUCAACAACUACAAGAAGAAGAGCUUUGCGCGUAUAUUUGUGACGACUACAUAACAGAGGUGGCUGUAACAAAGGGUUGGUCAAUCUGUUAAUUCUUGCUGAUCAGGCAGCUUUCAACUUUUCAUUGCAACAUUUAGUUUACAGCAAUUAGUGACACUUUCAUUUCGUCCCCAGUAUUCUAUUCUUAGGUUUGAUCUGAACCGAACCCACGCAGUCUCGGAAUGGACGCAAUCCUUGAACGGAAUAAAUUAUGACAUCUCGGGUUGUUUUUAUCUCCUUGUUGCUGCUGUUGUAUUUUCAAUAUAUUUAUGGCUUGGGCUCCGGAGAGUCUGGUACCGUGGUAGUUCCGUCUCCAUACCGAUCCCCUGACGGUGCUGACCUGCGCUCGUCCGUGGGUACUAUGGUGGGCACGCAUUUCGCGAUGUUUCAUCAGGGAAACACAGACAAGUGUGCCAUAGUGAUGAACCUGAGUGCUGUUGAUCGCUGUGCGUUUGUGAAGACCACCCCAGACUGCAGUAUGGAAGACAGCUUCAUCAACUACCUCAAGAUGACCUUCUGUCUACUACCACCCGACCUCACACCCCUCACCAUCACACUCUGUAUGAUUUGGUUGUUGUUCUUGUUCAUAGUUCUGGGACUGACUGCAUCAAAGUUCUUCUGUCCCAACCUCUCAGCCAUCUCCUCCUCCCUUCGACUCACACACAACGUGGCUGGUGUUACGUUCCUGGCGCUAGGUAACGGAGCCCCAGAUGUCUUCAGUGCCACAGUGGCCUUCUCCCGUCCUCACACUGCUGGCCUGGCUAUAGGAGCACUGUUUGGAGCGGGUAUCUUCGUAACCACUGUGGUUGCCGGGGCUGUGUCAUUGGUCAAACCCUUCACUGUGGCGUCCCGCCCCUUCCUGCGUGAUGUCAUCUUCUACAUGGCUGCUGUCUUCUGGACCAUCGUCAUCCUCUACAGAGGAACUAUAUCACUGGGAGAGACACUGGGGUACCUGGGGCUAUAUGUGGUGUAUGUGAUAACAGUCAUCGCGAGUGCCUACAUCUACAGUCAUCAGAAACACUCAGCGACCAGAAGUUCCAUCCAGAGCUCAACACAUGUACCAGAGUUCCAGUCGUCUGAGUCCGAUGAUGAGGCAAUUCUUAUAUCUAAUAGCAGCAUCCAGGAGGACUACGACAGUGAGUACUGUCCCCUGCUGCCCUACUGUGAAUCAACCAGUUCCAUCCUGUUGAGUUCUCUCAACCCGGUGGACAGCAGGAUCUGGAGGAGGAAGUCCUGGCGCUGGAGGGCCAUCAAAAUACUAAAGAUGCCACUGGAGGUGCUGCUGCUGUUGACUGUUCCAGUGGUGGAUCCUGAUAAAGAAGACAGGAACUGGAGAAGACCAUUAAACUGCCUCCACCUGAUCACCGCACCACUGGUGUGUGUGCUCACCUUCCGUUCUGGAGAGUACGGGAUGUAUCAGAUCGAGAAUCAGUUUCCUGUCUGGGCAUUGACGUUGCUCUUUGGCCUCUUCCUCUCCGCCAUAGUCUUCCUCACCACCACCAACAACCACCCCCCGCCAUACCACUCACUGUUCUCUCUGCUGGGCUUUGUGGUGAGUGUGUAUGAUGUGUGUGGGGUUUGUCCAUAGCUGUUCUCUCUGCUGGGCUUUGUGGUGAGUGUGUGUGGGGUUUGUCCAUAGCUGUUCUCUCUGCUGGGCUUUGGGGUGAGUGUGUAUGAUGUGUGUGGGGUUUGUGGUGAGUGUGUAUGAUGUGUGUGGGGUUUGUCCAUAGAUGUUCUCUCUGCUGGGCUUUGUGGUGAGUGUGUAUGAUGUGUGUGGGGUUUGUCCAUAGAUGUUCUCUCUGCUGGGCUUUGUGGUGAGUAUGUAUGAUGUGUGGGCUUUGUGGUGAGUAUGUAUGAUGUAUGUGGGGUUUGUGGUGAGUGUGUAUGAUGUGUGUGGGUUUUCUCCAUAGCUGUUCUCUCUGCUGGGCUUUGGGGUGAGUGUGUAUGAUGUGUGUGGGGUUUGUCCAUAGCUGUUCUCUCUGCUGGGCUUUGUGGUGAGUGUGUAUGAUGUGUGUGGGGUUUGUCCAUAGCUGUUCUCUCUGCUGGGCUUUGGGGUGAGUGUGUAUGAUGUGUGUGGGGUUUGUGGUGAGUGUGUAUGAUGUGCGUGGGGUUUGUCCAUAGAUGUUCUCUCUGCUGGGCUUUGUGGUGAGUGUGUAUGAUGUGUGUGGGGUUUGUGGUGAGUGUGUAUGAUGUGUGUGGGGUUUGUCCAUAGCUGUUCUCUCUGCUGGGCUUUGGGGUGAGUGUGUAUGAUGUGUGUGGGGUUUGUCCAUAGAUGUUCUCUCUGCUGGGGUUUGUGGUGAGUGUGUAUGAUGUGUGUGGGGUUUGUCCAUAGCUGUUCUCUCUGCUGGGCUUUGGGGUGAGUGUGUGUGGGGUUUGUGGUGAGUGUGUAUGAUGUGCGUGGGGUUUGUCCAUAGCUGUUCUCUCUGCUGGGCUUUGGGGUGAGUGUGUAUGAUGUGUGUGGGGUUUGUCCAUAGCUGUUCUCUCUGCUGGGCUUUGGGGUGAGUGUGUGUGGGGUUUGUGGUGAGUGUGUAUGAUAUGCGUGGGGUUUGUCCAUAGCUGUUCUCUCUGCUGGGCUUUGGGGUGAGUGUGUAUGAUGUGUGUGGGGUUUGUCCAUAGCUGUUCUCUCUGCUGGGCUUUGUGGUGAGUGUGUAUGAUGUGUGUGGGGUUUGUCCAUAGCUGUUCUCUCUGCUGGGCUUUGGGGUGAGUGUGUGUGGGGUUUGUGGUGAGUGUGUAUGAUGUGCGUGGGGUUUGUCCAUAGCUGUUCUCUCUGCUGGGCUUUGGGGUGAGUGUGUAUGAUGUGUGUGGGGUUUGUCCAUAGCUGUUCUCUCUGCUGGGCUUUGGGGUGAGUGUGUGUGGGGUUUGUGGUGAGUGUGUAUGAUGUGCGUGGGGUUUGUCCAUAGCUGUUCUCUCUGCUGGGCUUUGGGGUGAGUGUGUAUGAUGUGUGUGGGGUUUGUCCAUAGCUGUUCUCUCUGCUGGGCUUUGUGGUGAGUGUGUAUGAUGUGUGUGGGGUUUGUCCAUAGCUGUUCUCUCUGCUGGGCUUUGGGGUGAGUGUGUAUGAUGUGUGUGGGGUUUGUCCAUAGCUGUUCUCUCUGCUGGGCUUUGGGGUGAGUGUGUGUGGGGUUUGUGGUGAGUGUGUAUGAUGUGCGUGGGGUUUGUCCAUAGCUGUUCUCUCUGCUGGGCUUUGUGGUGAGUGUGUAUGAUGUGUGUGGGGUUUGUCCAUAGCUGUUCUCUCUGCUGGGCUUUGGGGUGAGAGUGUGUGAUGUGUGUGGGGUUUGUGGUGAGUGUGUAUGAUGUGUGUGGGGUUUCUCCAUAGCUGUUCUCUCUGCUGGGCUUUGUGGUGAGUGUGUAUGAUGUGUGUGGGGUUUCUCCAUAGCUGUUCUCUCUGCUGGGCUUUGUGGUGAGUGUGUAUGAUGUGUGUGGGGUUUCUCCAUAGCUGUUCUCUCUGCUGGGCUUUGUGGUGAGUGCGAUAUGGAUCAGUGCUGCGGCUUUGGAGGUGGUCAGUAUCCUGCACAUGCUCGGUGUGUUCU